GUCUGGCCGCCCAUCUGGGUGACGUAUGGGGUACGGGCAGUGGGAGAACGAAUUACCCAGUAGAAAACGUGCCACUGGCCCCGUGAGGAUGCUGCAGAGAGGAUUCCCAGAGUCUGGUCUGCAUGAUUGUGAUACACGACGCUCACCCACGACGGCGACUUGUGCCAAAGCAGCCGCCAUCUCACCUCCCAGCAACAGCCGCAACCACAACACGACCAUUGACCAAACCCUUCUUUCCCAACUGCAGUCUGCUGGCCAUCGCUCCAUCAGCGCAGGCGCUCGUCGCGACAUCACUCCGUUCCUGGACUACCCCCACCAUCCUGCACUGGGUCCUAUUAUGCAGUCCCGUGUGACGCCUUGCGGCUACAGCAGUGAAUCCUGUGGAUACUGCAAAGAUGCAUCGAGUGGCCGUCGCAGUCAGAAUUCUCGAGCUUGUUACUAUUUCUCAUCGAGCAACCUGACAGUUGAUGUUUAUCAACUCCUCGUAGAUCGUGGUUGGAGACGAUCAGGCACCAUCUUUUACAAACCGGAUGUCCUACGACACUGCUGUCCUCACUACACAAUUCGCCUUCCCGUAGCCUCCUUCAAACCCUCAAAAGACCAGCGACGGACAGUCAACAAAUGGAACGACUAUGUCUUAGGCGAAGAGUAUCAGAAGGAAGCCACGAAACUGUAUCCCAAGACAAGAGAAGAGAAAGCUCGGCUCAAGACUACAUUCGACCUGAUCUCUGAAGUCUGCAAGGCAGAUGUGGAGAACAUCAAGCGUCCACCAGAACCCGCACACAGGUUCGAAGUGACACUCGAACCCGCCGAUUUCACAGUCGAGAAGUUUGAGGUCUUCAAGAACUACCAGCAAAACGUUCACAAGGAGAAGCCAUCCGAGAUAUCGCAAUCCGGCUUCAAACGUUUUCUCUGCGCUUCACCCUUGCAGAAGAGUUCUGAACAAACGAAUGGAAAGACUCAACUCUUAGGCUCCUAUCAUCAAUGCUAUCGUCUUGAUGGCCGCCUCAUUGCAAUGGGGGUUUUGGAUCUGCUACCUCAUUGUGUCAGUGCUGUCUACCUGAUCUAUCAUUCGGACUUCGAAAAGUGGCAAUUUGGAAAGCUAAGCGCUUUGAGAGAGACUGUACUAGCGCUCGAAGGUAGCUACCAGUACUACUACAUGGGCUACUACAUCCAUUCGUGCACAAAGAUGCGGUACAAGGGCGACUACAAACCGCAGCAUGUUCUGGAUCCAGAGACAUAUGAGUGGAACCCUCUAGAGGGCGAGCUGAAGGAGCUUCUUGACAAGAAAGCCUACGUCUCGCUGUCAAGAGAACGUCGGGCUAAAGGUGCUGCGAAGCCUACGACUGUGGAAAAUGCCAACAUGGAGCCCCUAGCAGAUGACUCGCAGCCCACUGACCUCUCGGAAUUCACUCUAGCGACUGCAGCAGAAGGCGGCAAAGCAGUACAGAACGGAAUGUCGCUGUUCGACUUGAAAGUUCCGGGACUCAUGACAGUAGAGGAGAUUGGAGAGCAGCUGAAUCUCGAUGCAAUGCCUAUACGAGUGAGAGGGCGAAUGGCAAAGACCAGGGACCUGAUGUCAUGGAACAAUAGUGAUAUACGGGAUCCUCAUUCGGUUAAGGGAAUCGUGGGCGAGUUGGUCGCGUGUCUGGGUUCGGAAGCCUCGUCGAAGGUUGUUGUAGAGCUUGGUUGAAGGUGUCAGGAGUGGACGCAGACCCUCGGCUCUUUGUCACGAUUGACGAUGAAAUUGGGCAUAUAUCGAAUGAUUAAACUUUUAUCACAGUAC